AUGCCUGGGUAUCAGAAAUAUCUUUCGGGAUCGCUCCUAUUGGCCAGCCUGGGGGGAGUGCAGGCAAAACUCGACCUGAAUUCUGACAAGAACAUUGCCAUUUACUGGGGCCAAAAUUCCUUGCAAGGAAAGGGUGGUGAUAAUCAACACCCGCUGUCAUACUACUGCGAUAAUAAUGACAUUGAUGUUAUUCCCUUGGCGUUCGAUAUGAUGAUCAACGGGCCUGGUGGUGCGCCUGAGGUCGAUUUCUCUGUCACCAGCCAGGACUGCGACGUCUUCAAAGGAACCCAACUAAAGAACUGUCCCAAGAUCGGUGAUGACAUUGAAACAUGCCAGCAGAAGGGCAAGACGAUCCUUCUCUCCAUUGGCGGCGCAACUUACAGCGAGGGCGGCUUUAAAUCCGAGGAUGAUGCGAAGGCCGGGGCAAAGCUCAUGUGGGAGACCUUCGGUCCCCUCAAGGCGGAUUCCAAGGCUCUUCGACCCUUUGGCAACGCCAGUCUGGAUGGCUUUGACUUCGAUUUUGAGGCCAAUGUUCAGCAUAUGGCAACCUUUGCCAAUGAGUUGCGCUCUCUGAUGGAUAAGGAUGACAGCAAGCAGUACUUCUUGACUGCCGCCCCUCAAUGCCCGUACCCUGAUCAGUCGGACAAGGACAUCUUGGAUGGCUCGGUCUCCAUCGAUGCCAUUUGGGUGCAGUUCUACAACAACUACUGCGGCGUUAACAACUUCGACACCGACGCGACCAAGUCAAAGUACAACUUCGAGGAAUGGGACAACUGGGCUAAGACCGUCUCGAAGAACAAGAACGUCAAGGUUCUCCUCGGCGUGCCGGCUGACACAACUGCGGCCAGCACGGGAUACGUCCCAGCGUCAAAGCUCGCUGAGGUGAUUGAGUACUCGAAGAAGUUCGAGAGCUUCGGCGGCGUGAUGAUGUGGGAUGCCACGCAGGCGUAUGCGAACGAAGGGUUCGUCGGAAGUGUGCGCAAGGCGCUUGGUGGUUCUGAUUCCGGUUCGUCGCCGUCCAACAACGCGGCGUCGACCGCGGUGUCUGCACCUUCCUCCACUAACACACCGGAGACCUCGCUAUCUUCCAAUGCACCCGCAUCCUCGUCCUCCUCUUCCUCAUCCUCUGGGUCUGCCUCAUCGUCCAGUGGUCCUAAGGACUCCACCACCACUGCCCCGGCACCCACUGCUGCGUCAAACCCACCUUCCCCGACAUCGUCCUCGACUUCGACCACGAACCCUGCUGCUCAGACCUCACCGAAGCCGACUGCGGCGCCAACGGAUGACGAUGAUGAUCCGGACACUCCUGCAGAGCCGACGACGCCCGACGUUGACAACUCCGAUGAUAUGCCCGAAGAUGCUGAGACGGCAUCUCAACUUGCCGACAACCUCGGCAACGACGACACUACCAAGGACGAUGACACUACUAAGGACGAUGACACUACUAAGGACGAUGACUCGGACAGCGAGGGUCCACUUGGCCUUAUCAGCCAGAAUCUCUUUGGCCUCCUGCAUGGCCUGGAAAAUGCCAACAGCAUCACUGGCGGCCUUACUCACGGCCUCACUCACGGCCUCACUAAAAACCUCCGCCGUGCUCGUCGUAUCGGAUAUUAG